AUGACGACCGUGUCGACCACAUUGAAAUUACCUGACGGCGAAGGCGGCAGAGAUCAGAGGCGCAUCAUCCCCGAUCCAAGGAAGACAAGCGGGGCAUCAUAUUUAGCGGACUCUGUUACUGGACUGCCUCUCCGGAGAUGGUGGCAGGCUGACGGUGUUGCCCCGAGCCGGGUCAGAGGCUCUGAUGACAAUUCGGUACUAUUGCAAAGUGUGCAAGCAUGUUGCAAGAAGCAUCGUGUCUUUGCGACGUUUGAAGGCGUCUACGGUCUGCGAGCUCUUGCAGGCUGCUGCAUGAGUGGGCCAGACUAA